AUGACUGAUAAAGCAGCUGUAGCCAAGGAGCUUUCGCCCGAUGGCCGCUCUGUGGAAGGCUUUUCUCAUCAUGCUGAGGAUAUCACGGCGGACCGUGAGCCCUAUGGCCCGCCGGGUCUCAAGGGGUUGAUGUCCAACCCGUUUGUCCUCAUGUGCGCGGCCUGUUCUACGCUCGGUGGCUUGAUCUUUGGUUAUGAUCAAGGUGUCGUGUCUGUUAUUUUGGUCAUGGAUCAAUUCCUGGACGAGUUUCCGCGGGUCGGAGGUGCUGGGUCUGGGUUUUGGAAGGGUCUGCUGACGGCAAUGAUUGAACUGGGUGCAUUGAUCGGUGCCCUCAAUCAGGGUUGGAUUGCAGACAUGAUCUCCCGUCGCUAUUCCAUUUUGGUGGCUGUUGGUAUCUUCACCGUUGGCUCCGUGCUUCAGACCGCCGCAGUGGAAUACGGCAUGUUGACCUUUGCUCGCUUUGUUGGCGGCUUUGGCAUUGGCAUGUUGUCCAUGGUUGCACCGUUGUAUAUCUCCGAAAUCAGUCCUCCGGAAUGUCGCGGUACCCUCCUCGUUCUUGAAGAGUGGUGCAUCGUACUAGGCAUCGUGAUUGCCUACUGGAUCACGUUCGGCACCAGAUACAUGGCCGGCGAAUGGUCCUGGCGGCUCCCCUUUCUCUUGCAAAUGAUUCCCGGCUUCAUCCUCGUAGCCGGUGUCAUCGUUCUCCCCUUCUCCCCGCGCUGGCUCGCCUCGAAGGGUCGCGACGAGGAAGCUUUACAGAGUCUCGCCAAGCUCCGAAACCUCCCAACCUCCGACAGACGGGUACGCCAAGAGUACAUGGAUAUCCAAGCGGAGGUUCGCUUCCACCAGCAGAUGAAUGUUGAGAAGCAUCCGAACCUACAGGGCGGUGGAGCCAAGAAUGCCUUCCUCCUGGAGAUGGCUUCUUGGGCUGAUUGUUUCCGUAAGGGCUGCUGGCGCAGAACUCACAUUGGUAUCAUGAUCACUUUCUUCCAGCAGUUCGUUGGAAUCAACGCCUUGAUCUACUACUCUCCUACUCUGUUCGGUACCAUGGGCUUCGACAAUAACAUGCAGCUUAUCAUGUCCGGUGUUCUCAAUUGUCUACAGUUAGUCGGCGUAACAACCUCCAUCUGGACAAUGGAUACACUAGGCCGUCGGAAACUCUUGCUCGGAGGAUCCGUCGGCAUGGCCAUCUCACACAUCAUCAUCGCUGUCCUCGUCGCAAAGUACAGCUACGACUGGGAAGCCCAUCAAACUAUGGGCUGGGUCAGCGCAGCCUUCCUCUUAUUCUACAUGGUCGCCUUCGGUGCUUCAUGGGGACCAGUCCCAUGGGCCCUCCCAGCUGAAAUCUUCCCCUCCUCCCUGCGCGCCAAGGGUGUCGCCCUAUCUACCUGCUCGAACUGGCUCAAUAACUUCAUCAUUGGCCUCAUCACCCCACCCUUAAUCGAAGACACAGGUUACGGUGCUUACGUGUUCUUCGCCGUCUUUUGUGUACUCUCUGGUAUCUGGACUUACCUCUUCGUUCCGGAGACCAAAGGCCGCACUCUCGAGCAGAUGGAUCACGUUUUCAAGGAUAACUCGAGUGAGCAGGAUCGAGCUCGUAGACGUGCGAUUGAAGUGGAGCUUUUGAAUGAACAUUUGGAAUACAAUGUAUGA